UCUCACCUCCAUCCAUCCCAUUCCCUCUAUCCCCCCCUCUCACCCCCAUCCAUCCCAUUCCCUCUAUCCCCCCCUCACCUCCAUCCAUCCCAUUCCCUCUAUCCCCUUCUCCCUCCCCCUCUCACCCCCGUCCAUCCCAUUCAAUCCAUUAUACACCUCAAUCCAUUAUGCACUCGUCCACCUCCAUUACGUCACUCUUCUCCUUCACCAGUCCAGCGGUGAAGAGGCUGCUGGGAUGGAAACAGGGCGAUGAAGAGGAGAAGUGGGCGGAGAAGGCUGUGGACUCCCUGGUGAAGAAAGUAAAGAAGAAGAAAGGAGCGAUGGAGGAGCUGGAGAGAGCUCUCAGUUGCCCCGGAAAACCCAGUAAGUGUGUGACGAUCCCUCGGUCUCUGGACGGUCGUCUCCAGGUGUCCCAUCGUAAAGGUCUCCCCCACGUCAUCUACUGCAGAGUGUGGAGGUGGCCCGACCUACAGUCUCAUCAUGAACUCAAGGCCUUGGAGUGCUGCCAAUUCGCCUUCGGAUCCAAACAGAAAGACAUCUGUAUCAACCCCUACCACUAUAGACGGGUAGAGACACCAGUGCUUCCCCCAGUGUUGGUCCCUCGCCACAGUGAGUUUAACCCCCAACACAGUCUACUGGCUAAGUUCCGGAACGCCUCUCUCCACCACGAGCCACUGCUGCCACAGAACGCCACCUACCCGGACUCCUUCCUUCCUGUCCUAUGCCCCUCCUCCUCCCUCAACCAGCCCCCAACCCCCCGCAGCUACCAUAACUCCCCCAGGAGAACAGCAGAGCCAGCCAGCCCGUACCACAUCACAGCAGAGACCCCCCCUACCCUCUAUAACAUGAUGGAGACAGCCCCAACAGAGGACGUCAAACCUGGAGACCCCUCUAACACACACAAGCUCAUGUUCUCAGCUCCACACAGAGACCUGCGUCCUGUGUGUUAUGAGGAGCCAGAGUACUGGUGUUCAGUGGCGUACUACGAGCUGAAUAACCGUGUCAGGGAGACGUUCCACGCCUCGUCCCGUAGCGUCCUGGUCGACGGCUUCACCGACCCCUCCAACAACAACAACCGCUUCUGUCUCGGCCUGCUGUCUAACGUCAACCGCAACUCAACCAUCGAACACACACGCAGGCACAUAGGAAAAGGUGUCCAUCUCUACUACGUGGGUGGUGAGGUGUACGCCGAGUGUCUGAGUGACAGUAGUAUCUUCGUCCAGAGUCGUAACUGUAACUAUCAGCACGGUUUCCAUGCCACCACCGUGUGUAAGAUCCCCAGCGGCUGUAGUCUGAAGAUCUUCAACAACCAGCUGUUCGCCGAGCUCCUCUCUCAGUCCGUCAACCACGGCUUCGAGGUGGUCUACGAACUCACCAAGAUGUGUACUAUACGCAUGAGCUUUGUCAAGGGCUGGGGUGCAGAGUACCACCGCCAGGACGUCACCAGCACCCCCUGCUGGAUAGAGGUGCACCUGCACGGCCCUCUGCAAUGGCUGGACAAGGUCCUCACACAGAUGGGCUCUCCUCACAGCCCCAUCUCCUCUGUGUCCUAACACACACACAACCCCAUCUCCUCUGUGUCCUAACACACACACAACCCCAUCUCCUCUGUGUCCUAACACACACACAACCCCAUCUCCUCUGUGUCCUAACACACACACACAACCCCAUCACCUCUGUGUCCUAACACACACACACACACACAACCCCAUCUCCUCUGUGUCCUAACACACACAGCCCCAUCUCCUCUGUGUCCUAACACACACACACAACCCCAUCUCCUCUGUGUCCUAACACACACACACAACCCCAUCUCCUCUGUGUCCUAACACACACACACAACCCCAUCUCCUCUGUGUCCUAACACACACACACAACCCCAUCUCCUCUGUGUCCUAACACAGACACACAACCCCAUCUCCUCUGUGUCCAAACACACACAGCCCCAUCUCCUCUGUGUCCUAACACACACAACCCCAUCUCCUCUGUGUCCUAACACACACACACACAACCCCAUCUCCUCUGUGUCCUAACACACACAUACAACCCCAUCUCCUCUGUGUCCUAACACACACACACACAACCCCAUCUCCUCAGUGUCCUAACACACACACACACAUCUCCAUGUGUCUCUGUGCGUAUCUCCAUUGAUGCUAUUGGAAAUAACCUUACUGGAAACAACCAUUGGUUCUGAAUUAAACAACAUUAUGUUUCAGUUCAUGGCAGGUAGGUUGCACUACCGUAGCUUUCUGUCAGUGCUGCAGAUAGGAACAACGCUUCACACACACACAUUGUAUGGUUGUAGCUACUCGUGUCGUAACCAUGGUUUUAAUGGUCCUUCAGACAGCCUUUCUUUUACUGUGAGCUACAAGGCAGCAUUCAACCACACGUAGCCGCUUAAAUAAACCUUUAACUGCACUCACAGACAAGGAAUGUGUCCCAAAUGGUACCCUGUCACCUUUACAGGGCACUACUGUUGACCAGAGCCCUAUGGGAGCCCUGUGGAGCCCUGUGGAGCCCUAUGGGAGCCCUGUGGAGCCCUAUGGGAGCCCUGUGGAGCCCAAUGGGAGCCCUGUAGAGCCCUAUGGGAGUCCUGUAGAGCCCUAUGGGAGUCCUGUAGAGCCCUAUGGGAGUCCUGUAGAGCCAUGUAGAGCCCUAUGGGAGUCCUGUAGAGCCCCAUGGGAGUCCUGUAGAGCCCUAUGGGAGUCCUGUAGAGCCAUGUAGAGCCCUAUGGGAGUCCUGUAGAGCCCUAUAGGACUCCCGUAGAGCCAUGUAGAGCCCUCUGGAGCCAUGUGUAGCUCUAUCUGAGUCCUGUAGAGUCCUGUAGAGCCCUAUGGGAGUCCUGUAGAGCCCUGUGGGAGUCCUGUAGAGCCCUAUGUGUCCUAUAGAGCCCUAUGGGAGUCCUGUUGAGCCCUGUAGAGUCCUAUUGGAGCCCUAUGGGAGUCCUGUAGAGCCCUGUAGAGUCCUAUGGGAGUCCUGUAGAGCCCUGUAGAGCUCUAUAGGAGCCCUAUGGGAGUCCUGUAGAGCCAUGUGGAGCCCUAUGGGAGUCCUGUGGAGCCCUAUGGGAGUCCUGUAGAGUCCUGUAGAGCUCUAUAGGAGCCCUAUGGGAGUCCUUUAGAGCCCUGUAGAGCCAUGUGGGGCCCUAUGGGAGUCCUGUAGAGCCCUAUGGGCGUCCUGUAGAGCCCUAUUGGAGUCCAGUAGCCCUAUUGGAGCCCUAUGGGAGUCCUGUAGAGUCCUGUAGAGCCCUAUGGUAGCCCUAUGGGAGUCCUGUAGAGCCCUAUGUGUCAACCAAACAAAUUAAUUAAUUAAUUAAAAAUCCUAUAAUGUGAUUUUCUGGAUUUUUUUUCUCAUUUUGUCUGUCAUAGUUAAAGUGUACCUAUGAUGAAAAUUACAGGCCUCUUUCAUCUCUUUAAGUGGGAGAACUUGCACAACUGGUGGCUGAUUAAAUACUUUUUUGCCCCACUGUACAUUUACAGCAAGUACUAAUCCAGAUUUAAACAUCCAUGUCUACUACGAUGUUUUAUAGGGAAACAUGCUUACCAAUGUCUAAUGGUUUCUUUACUUCAUGUUUACUAAUGGCUUUUGUUUUGCUUAUUUCAUUAAAGUUUUUUCCUCAGCA